AUUUUUCAACCACUAGUAAAUGAACCAAUAUGGAACGAUAUAUCGUGAGGUCUUCAGCCUCCAUCGUCCCUAGACUAACUCGAGCCUUCGCACAAAAGGCCCAGUCUAAAAAUAAUGGUGAUCAGAAAUUUAACGUCGGUGCGGCAUUCCCAGAUGACUUUGAGGACUCGCCAUUGAAGUCUGAGAUUCUUGAGAAGCGAAACCGGAAUCAGGGGAUUGAGGACUCUUAUCACCCCACAAUGGACGAGAUUUACGAAAGUAUCCGAGGAAAACCGCCCCCCGAGAGUGCGAAGACCGCCAAGUCCGGUCAGAAGAAGGAGAAGAAGCGGGAGCCUGCUGAAGAGGAGCGAGAGCCUGAGAUUGAUGAAAUGUAAUGUUUUUC